UUUCCCAGAAUUCCCUGUUGUUUGGUUGUCUUGGAGGCAGUCUCAAGUGUUUCAAGAUGGCGGGAGAUGGGCAAGAAAACACGUAUAUGAUUAGACCAAAUUUUAGGAACAAAUUCAGACCAGUGGCUGUAAAAAAUGUAAUACAUGAGGUUUUAAGUGAAGAAUUAGGCGGUAAGCAAUACAAUGCAGAAGAAACAGCUACCUGGACCAGAGCAGUGUCAGAUUCUAUUAAAGAUAAACUUAAAGAAAUGGAAUAUGACAGAUACAAAAUUGUGGUUCAAGUUGUAAUUGGUGAGCAAAGAGGAGAGGGUGUAAAGUUUGCUGCUAGAUGUUUAUGGGAUUCUGAUACAGACAAUUUUGCACAGGAUAUUUACACAAACGAAUCGCUGUUUUGCGUUGCUGUUGCUUAUGGUGUAUUUUAUUACUGAAGUUGCCGUUGGAAACGGGGAAGGCUUUACAUUACUUCAUGAACUGAAAUUUUGCUCAAAUCGAAAAAACAGUCAAUGCUCCUUAUAACUUCAGCAAAAUAAAGUUUGAGCAUGUACCUCUCCCCUCAAAACCAACAUUUAUAUCAAUGACGGCGCCAGCCACUAGGAUAAGGGGGGACAAAACAAAAAAAAACCGGCACGUCCUUUUUACCAUCAGAACACGUCCUUUACCAACAGGGAACACCCAUGACUAACUUGUGGUUGUGGAAAGGCAGUUUGAAAAUCAUAGGAUUAUAUCACAAAAAUUAUGUUGCCGAAAUAUUACCCCUCCCUUAACAUUUAACCAUUGUAGCACCACCCUCCAUGGCCCCACUACUUAUAGGGAUGUGUCCCCCAGUCCCCCCAUCUCUCUGUGGCGCCGCUACUGAUUUCUUUAUCAGUUGCUCACGUGGGCUAAGACCACUAGUGCGCAAACUGCUAAAGGUCCUCAAAAUGAAAUAUCUCAAGUUCUUUAAGAAUUUGACAGUCAUAUUAUCAAGCAGUACCAUCUA